UUUCGGAAACACUAAAUGCGAACACCAAUGAUUUCCGGUUUGUAGUGUUUUGAAUGUUUCGAAAGGCAGCCGGGCAAGUCACGGCACCACGGUAAGCUUUAAUUUCGCUUUAAAUAACCGGAUUCACAAAUGUUUUGCAAAAUAAGUGACUUUAAAUAUAUUAUCCUACGAAUGAACGCAAAAUGUAUGUUAUAGCAAAACUUCGUUUAAGACCUAAACGGGUGUCGUGUUGACUUUCUCAGUCGUUCAGCCCGCUCUGUUUGAUGUUAAAACGCCGUUUGUUGUUGUUGUCUCUGUGUCUCAGUCAUGUCCACGCUGUUCCCUUCUCUAUUCCCACGAAUAACGGAAUCACUAUGGUUCAACCUGGACCGACCCUGCGUGGAUGAGAGCGAGCUCCACCAGCAGGAGCAGCAGCAUCAAACAUGGGUAAGUAUGGACUAAUGCUGCUGUAACACAGCCUCCUUCACACCCCCAGCAUGAUUUGUUGAAAUAUGUUCCCCGUGUCUCCACCACAGCUGCAGAGCAUUGCAGAGAAAGACAACAACCUGAUGCCCAUCGGGAAACCGAUUUUUGAUGUUUCGGUAUGUAACUCUGAGAUGAAAUCAAUGCUACACUUACGUUUCCGUGGCAAUAUGCUAGGGUGGGAGUAAAAAAAAAUCGAUUCUUAUAAGUAUCGCGAUUUUUUGUUUUACAAUUUUUAAAUCGAUUUUUUUUUUUCAAAUUUAAGACUAACUCUUAAAAACAGACCUCAUGUGAUGUGUAUCCCACUGUGCAAUGCAGUGUCAAACUGACAUCUAUCUAACGUAUUUUUUCGACAAUGAGGUACAAAUAUGGAUGUCAUUUCACCGUAUAAAAGAGGUGCAAUAAUGACGUCUGAAGGUCCUUUCACACCGAGACUGUUUUUGUUGUGGGAUUGUUUCGGAAAUCUAUAUUCUAAACGUUAAUUUGGAUGUCGAAAUUCUAACCUAUUUUGCACGUUGCACUGACAUCUAGAUGUGGUCUUUGACAGACUGACCCAAUACUGACUUGAUCUGCAUGUCUCUUUGACGUCCGAUGUUUGGUGGGAUUUUUUGGGGGAAAUAUGGUUCCUGGAAUAGUCAGUAGACAAUCAUAGUCAUUCACCUGUUUCACUGGUGUUAAAAAUGCAGACUAAACAUAGAGAAAAUCGACAAUAACGUAAAAAUCGCAAUUUAAAUUGGCUCGGCAUUCAAAAAAAUCAUUAAAGAAUCCACUCAGGAGAAAAGCAUAUCGUCCCAGCACACAUCUCUCUCCUUUGAUUUUACUCUGGUGCAGGGAGCAUAUGAGGAUGAGGAGGAAGAGGACGAUGAGGAUGAGGAGGACAGUGAGGAAGACUCCGAAGAUGAGGAGGACAUGCAGGACAUGGAUGAGAUGAAUGACUAUAAUGAGUCACCUGAUGAUGGUGAAAUCAAUGAGGUGAAUUUUUAAAAAUAUCUUUACAGCCCUGAAGUCAGUACUGCGUCGUAAUAAAUAUCUCCACACGCAGAAAGAUUAUUAUUCUUAAUCUGGCUCUAUUGCUUUCUCUUAGGUUGACAUGGAAGGACCAGACCAAGACCAAGACCAAUGGAUGAUUUAAGACAAAACUCAAUGCCAGUCAACAUCAAGCUGGUGGGUAAAGAAUAUCCUGCUUUCCUCCAACAACAUGAAUGCUGUCCCUUCAGUCAUGGAUACAUAUAUUUUUUUAUUUGUGUAAAUGGGAGGAGAAGAAGCUACAAUCAAGCUGUGUCACUGAUAUGUGCUGUUCAGACAGAGGUGGGCUUGAAGGCUCUGGAAAUUGUUGGAGCUGUGAGUGUUGCGGUCUUAAUGCAAUGAAACUGUUUUGAAGUGGUGUGUGUCAAAAUAGAGGUGGCACGAAUGUACAUUUUGGCACCUGUGCACUUGCUCUUCUCUCUGCUAGAACAUGUGAUUCUGUGAUGGACUUUUACUCAUCCAAGAACUCACUGUUUGUAUCUUGUCAAAUACACAUGCACACAAACUAUGACAGCAGAUACCAGUCCAGUCACCCACCAAUUAAAUUUUAACUUUGCCGUAUCUCAAGUCAUGUGUCACUCUUCAGAGCAUAUCCAAACAGCUGACUGAGCACAGAAAACCAUUCAGUCAGCAGAACAAUUCAUUAUCUAUGAAAGUUACUCACAGAAACUACAUGUUUUCAUCCGAUGCAGAUUCAUAGCAGUGUUUAAUCCUGCAAAUCUUUUGUUACAAAUUUAUUUGUAAAACUUUGUAACAUGCAGUUAUGUUCAGGUAUUGUUUUUAAUAUUUUCCAACUAUGUAGGAAAUAGUGGAAACAGCCAUUUUGAUUGGUAAAUGCUGACUAGAACAUGAAUACAGCAGUAAAUCCAUCUUGUUUUCUGAUGUUUAAGUUAAAGGUUUGGUUACAAGAGCUUGAAUUAUUUAUAGUAAAAUGUACAAAUAAAUACUUUUGAUGAAACCUCAUUUUUUUCUGAUUGACUGAGUUUGGAAAAAAAAAUCAGUGGGUUGGGACUGGCUGAUGUUCAUGACUUAAAGAUCUCAGAGUCUUUUACUAUGACAGAAUUUUUAAAAAUAAUUUCUACAAUUUAUUCGGGAAGUCCACUAUUCACAAUAAUUCAACAUUCAAAACCAGAUCAGAUUUAUGAAGGUUAUGAAUGAAUAGAAAUAUUUGCAUUAUAAAAACUUGAACAUUAAAAAGAUCUAUUUAGCAAAUGACAAUUAAGUUAUUUGGCUGAAUCAGCACAACAUCCUCCAUA